AUGGUUGAGAAGUGCUAUAGGGUUGAUGUUGUAAAUGAAGAACUAGAUCGUUUGGGAAGGGUUAUGAUGAGUCCUCAAGAUCCAAUGGUUGAAGCUCUCACUUGUGAGGAAGAGUACUUCUCUCAAGAAGCAAAGGAGUUUUCUAUGGCCAUUGAAGAAGCCAAAGAGGAGGAAGCGAGUGAUUCCAAGCAUGAUGAGCUAGAACAUGAGGAGGAAAAAUUGGAGGAGAGGGAAUACCCUAUUAUUGUCAAUGCUUCCCUUAAUGGUCUUGAUUUGGAAAAAUUGAUUGUUGUUUUGAGAAAGUAUAGAAAUGUGAUAAGGUGUCAAGAGACGAGUUUGGUAUUGAACUGGGAGAAAUGCCACUUUAUGGUCGAGGAAGGCAUAGUCCUAGGCCAUAAAGUAUCAAAAAAGGGCAUAGAAGUUGAUUCGGCAAAGGUUUCGGUGAUUUCCAAGUUGCCCCCUCCUACUUCCGUUACGGGAGUAAGAGCCUUUCUGUUACGGGAGUAA